GGGAAAUGAUGCAGACGAUCAGUUUAUGUCCGGUUCCUCCCACUGUUCUCCAAGGAUUUGCAGGUAUAAAGUAGCUGUCUCAUUAAAGCCCUUGUAGCACAUAGUCUUGUAGCCGGAGUACCUCAAACUGAAGAUGAAUCUUCUCCUUCUGGCUUUUACUUUGGGGCUUGCAGGAGCAUCUCCCCUUCCCGCAAACAAAGAGUGCAAACCUCAUUCCAGACCGUGGCAUGUCAGGCUGCAUGGGGGAACACAAUGCAGUGGAGCUCUCAUCAACGAAUGGUGGAUUGUUACCUCCUUCGAAUGUCAGCCAUCACCCUACACGUCCAUUGCAACUCUGGGAGAACAUGACAAAACUGUGGAGGAAGGCACCGAGCAGCACAUCCCAGUUGCCGACGUGAUCCCUCACAGCCCCUACCGCUCACCCCUGCACAGCCUCACGAUGGUGCGCCUGGCCCGCCCGGCUCGCUUCACCCAGUACGUGCAGCCCGUUCCCCUGCCCAGCCGCUGCCCGCAGCCCGGAGAGACGUGCUCCGUCAGUGGCUGGGGCUCCACCGUCGCAAAUCACUAUGAACCCUCACCGCACCUAAAGUGUAUAACUGUGCCCAUCGUGGAUGAUGAAACAUGCAUGAACACUUUCCCUGAAUACGUGUUCUGGGGUCCAGGCAUGGUCUGCGCUGGUCAAGCACACACAGAUAACUGCCUGAACGACAGAGGCGGCGUGAUGGUGUGCGAUGGCCAGCUGCAGGGUCUGACGUGGUUCAGACACGGCUGCAGGGAUCCAGCUGACCCCACGGUUUACACCAAACUCUGCAAGUACAGUCAUUGGAUCAAGAGUGUGAUGAACAACUUCAGCCCAGAAACUACACACCCUCCACUGAUGACGACAUGAAGCAGUAAAUUGACGCAUCUAUCGAUAGAAGACCCCAUGAUAGGAGCCGAUCCUCACCACCUCAGUGAUUGAAAUGAAAGUUUAAAGGUCAGACUGUGUAUAAGUAAAUUAGAUUACUGAAUAUUUCUAAAAGCUUGGCCAACUGAUGUUCGCCAUAUAAAAUUGUUUGAAUGGAAACAUGCAAUUCCAUAUGUAUUCAUAGCAUUUGAAUCAGAUAACGAAUAAAGAAAUUAUGCUAAUCUGGUUUGAAUAGUUGUCAUGUUUUUGUUCUCUCUGCAGUUGGUUAAUGACGGUUGAUAUGUUUUGUUUCUUUUCACUGCACUGUAGCCGUGAAACAUGUUUCAUGUGCAUAUAAAACUAA